AUGUCAUUCUCAACAGCACCCGAUCCAUUAGACCCUGAAUUCACCAAGGACAAACACGAAAGUCAAUUUACUCUGGUGAUUCAGGAUCUUAUCAAUGGUUCAAUAGAUCCUGAAUCUGCAGCCCGAACUAUCGAUAAGAUAGUCGUCGACGAAUGUCAGGAGGCUUUUGUUUCUUAUACCUCAGUACCGAAUCCCACCCCGGAGCAACUAGCAGAUGGCACGAUUUUAUCCCCUCAGCCCGCCGGGUGGGAACAUUUCUUGUGGAACUGUCUAGGCAUAGCAGCUAUGAAGCUGCCAGCUGAUGAUGCGAGCCAGGACCGCCUCGUGAGCUUGGUACAAGAGCUCCAGCGGUUGCCACGCCACACCGUUCCAUGGCUUGCUGCUGGAUGCCUCAAGGAGAAGGAACUUUGGAAUUUAUCCCGCGAGAACGGAUACGCAUACUUCAAACAAUGGUUAUGGGAGCUGCAUGAAGGACAUUUCGCCGGUCGCGGUCAUAUUGAGAAGGACACAGAUGCUUCUACGGCGUAUCUCAAUUUCUCAUCCUUCCUUGCCCGACUCCUGGCUUCCUACGUAGUCGACACAACUUCACUUUGUGCGCUAAUCCGGCCCUCAUCUUUUGCAAAGUCUCCUUUACCCGCGCAAUACGAGGCGUACUCGAAUGCAGGCACGCAGUGGAUUCAAUAUGCCGGGGAAGCACUGUACGAAAUGUGCGCGAAAGGGGCGCUUGAAAUUGGCAAAAAGAGGUGGACUCAGGGACUAUGGAAUAGUUGGAAAGCCAAAUUUGCAUUCAUUAAGGACAAUGAUGAAUUCACCAAGGAAGGCCGUGAACGAGCGACAAUAGCACUGGAUCGCAUGGCUCAGAUAGAGACAAAGGGACUUGAUGGUAUUAGAGGGGGUGUAGUCGAGCAUUUUGGUUUCAUCAUUGCGGAAGAGCAGGCGUAG